GUGCACAUUCGUUGACGAUGAAUGAGCUGGACCUUGUGCACCGAGAGCGCUCGUCCCCUCACACACUGCAUUUUUCACGCAUGGUGAUGAAUAGUCCCCCCCACACCACACCACACCACACCAGACCACACGCAACCACACCACGCACCAUCAGCUGUCCGGCACACACAGGUAGAUUCCUUACCCACUUCGUUAAGCACUAGAGUGUCAAAAGACUGCGUGUGCCCAUCCGUCCAUCCACACACGCACACGCACACGCACUCACCGCCGCGACCGUCGGGAGAAUGCAGAUAACAGAUUGAGCGCUGCCCGCUCGGCCGCACUCAUGCACGCAGAAGCGGCCAGCUCUGUCUGCACGCACCAAGCAGUCAGCCCUCCCUCGUGUGUGUGUCUGUUAGUCAACCAUCCAACUUACGCACACAUGCAAAACGUGCAUUGAAAGCUGUGCACCCACCCCUCCCUCCCUCCCUCCCCUCGCUCCCUCCCUCCGUAUUUCUGUCUGUCUAUCGCAGGCCGAGGGGCACAAAUGUGGUGCCGUUAAGGUAGCCCACUUCCCGCCAGAGGAACGACAGGUCGUCCAUUGACGACGCCCCACUGCUCGUCGGCAGCCCAUGUGUGGCUGACUCCUCCCUCCUGGCCUUCUCUACUAUCUCGCGCAACCCCACACGCCGCCCGCCCUCACUGCCGAUGGCAAAACACCGGCAGCGGGGCAGCGCCUCCCCCAUCCCCAGCACCUCCCCGCCCGCCACGCCCUCAAAACCGCCCACCACCGACCGCAGAAACAGGUCGAGGCAUGCAUUCAUACGGCGGCCGAACUGGGUGUUGGUGGCAAAUCGCAUGUGUGGGGCUGGGGGGACAAACAGGAAGCGGCGCAAGAGAGGCAGCACGCUAUCCUCUAGCACAGCGGGGUGGCGGAAGAGGCCUGACUGGUACACGAGAGCAAUAUCGCACAGGGCAGCAUUGAUAACACCCACAAUGCGGUCAGGCAGCCCCCGCAGAUACACGCCAUACAUGGAGGCUACCGUAUGUUUGCCCUCCCUAUCCUUGUUGUUCCGCCGGUGCGUGAGCGUGUGCAGGCCUUUCGAUGGGUCGAUGCCCAGAUGCAGCGCCUCCGCAAGGCCCGCAAUCCGAUGGCUAUCAUCCAAAUCGCACGCGAAUCGCGAAUCCCCCUUGGGUCGGGCGAAGUACUGCACACACGAGGCACAGAUACGAAGAAACAGGCACAGCCGUCACUCCCAGGCGCCACUGCCGCUAUCCCAUUCACUCCACCCCUACUUACCACACGGACGUCGUAGCCUUCACGGAUGAGUUCUCGAAGCACGUCGACGGACCCGACCUCCAUCGCAGCACACCACCACUCGUGCAGGCGGCGCUGCUUGGCAGUGCUCGCAUCCAGCAACGGCUCCUGGACCUGCAAACACACACAUACACACACAGAUGGAUGGAUGGAUGAAUGGACAGAUGAGUUCCAUUGGAUGUACCCGCCCCUCCCUCGCGUGUGUGUGGGGUGGUGUGCGCACCUCUAGUAGCUUGCGGGCGCCCCCAUCCAUCAUGCAGCGGAACGCCAAAACGCAGCCCUUGGUCUUGACUAUCCCCUGACGCACCUGCACACACACACACACACACUCUCUCUCUCUCUCUUUCACAUGAAUGCAUUGGCGCAGCCCCACACGCUGGUUCCAUCAUAACGUGCAUAUGUCACCUGCUCUACUGAGCCGACCCAGCUAUCGAGCUCCGUCGUCAACUCCACCACCAGGCCGCUAAAGGCCCUCGAUGUGUCGAUAUCGAUAUCGCUGUGGCAGCCCAACGAGGCCAUGAGGGCGUCGGCCGCAGUUUCCUUCCACCCGCACCACAGUGAGCGCAUGUGCCCCAUCACUGACAGGGCCAGCUCUCGGUCCACACGCCUCAAAGCGGUGGCCAGUGCGUGCUUGAGGCAGGCCACCACCAGCUCCCUCCUGUGGCCCACGUCAUCCGCCCCGGUCAUGACGUAAGACCUCCUCCGCAGCAUCACGUCCAUGACGCGCGCAGCCCCACUCGGCUGCUCGGCUGCGAACUCGAUGACCGACACCUCGGGCCGAUUGGGAUUGGCCUCCGCGUAUGGCUCCGCGCCCUCCUUCAUCAGCCGAGAGAUGACGGCCGCGUCAGGGUGCUCCUUGGUGAUUUCCUCGGCUAGCCGGUGCGUCUCGUUGGGCCUCUGGGGUGUCGGGCGAGGGGGCCCGUGUGGGCCGUACACUAUAUGUGGACGGGCCGGCCUGGGAGGCUCGCGGGGAAGAGCUGCAUGACAAGACAAGACACGCCAUCAGACACAAUGAGAUGAGAUCCUCGUUCGCAAGGGUGCGGUGCUCAUAUCGGUGGUGUUGUGUGUUCUCACCUUCCGCGUUGGGUGCUGUGAGGGAGGAUGACCGUGCGACAGAUCCCAUCCUCCAUGACUUGCGCAUGCGGGACCGAAAUAUGCGCCCUCGCGUCGCCCCGUAGAGUGACAUCUCAUCGUCGGAUAUGUCACUGGGGGGCGAGCGAUUCAGUAACGACGCCUUAGGGUGGUCGUUGCCCGACGGAGGCCUGGGCUCGGGCGUACGGGACCUUACAGCGGCGGUCUUGGCGUCCCCUGACACGAAGACCAUCAGCACAACACACGAUGGUGCGCUGCCCCUUUCUGUCUCCCCAUUUCCUGUUCCCUCUGACCUGAAACCACGCUAGAUCUCCUGAGGUCGAUGGGCAUCUCACAGGCAGGGCAGCGCUCCUGUCCCUCUGCCGAUGGCUCCCCUCUCGGGAAGCGCGGCACUGCAGCCAACCGCAUCCUGUUGAAACACUCUGGAAACACCACCCACACCAGACCAGAUAGAGGGCCAACACCGCAAACAACCAUUUCUGAAUACCAGGUGCUGCUGAGUGUGCGGCGGCUGACCUUCACACAGGCAAACGUGGCGGCAGGGAUACAGUAAAACCACUGGAGGUCUGGGGCACCGCAUGCACGUCCUCGGCGAGGAAAACUUGAGCUCCCGAAGACUUUUCGACCCCAUCAUCAGAAAGAGGACGUCGUUUGCUAAAAAAAGCAA